CAGUGCCCUGAAGCUGCCUCCCCUCCUCGCAGCCGCGGGAGGGGUCGGGUGGCCCCGCCCGCCGUCCUGUGGCCGGGCAGCCUCUGGCUCCUCAGUGGCCGGCGCGGCUGCCGCUCAGGCCCCUGGCUGCCCGCCGCGGGGAUGGUGGGACGGGCGCGGGGGAAGCGGUUAGAGCCGCGGCGGCUUCGACCCUAACGGAGCCCGGAGCUGCGAGACAAGAGACGGGACCGGCCUCCUGCUCAGCAGCCAGCCGGAGCCCUGCCAGCAUAAGUAUGGCAGAUUUUUCAGAGUCAGAAGGAGCUGGAAAUUGGAAAGAAAGGUGUGUAACUCUGGAGUCACAGCUGAUGAAAUUUCGUCUCCAGGCAAGCAAGAUCAGAGAGCUGUUAGCAGAGAAGAUGCAGCAACUUGAGAGACAAGUUAUUGAUGCAGAUCGUCAAGCAGAGAGAGCUUUUCAACAGGUACAGAUUAUGGAAGAGAAGUUAAAAGCAGCUAAUGUUCAGACUAGCGAAUCGGAGACCAGAUUGUAUAAGAGGUGUCAAGAUCUGGAGACUCUGGUACAGGAGAAAGAUGACAUUAUACAAAACUUGGAGCAACAACUUGAAGAACAGAAGCAAAUCAGAAUACAAGAGGCAAAAAUCAUAGAAGAAAAAGCAGCUAAAAUAAAAGAAUGGGUGACAGUCAAGCUCCAUGAGUUAGAGGUAGAAAAUCAGAACCUUCGCUUGAUCAACCAAAACCAAAAUGAAGAGAUGAGAACAAUGCAGUCUAAACUGCAAGAAAUUAUGGGGAAGAAAAGUGUCCCUUCAACACGUAAACCUGGGGAAGGCCAGCAACUAAGCAGUUUGACUUUUGGAUGCUUUUUGAACAGAGCAAGAACUCCUCAGCAAGCUAUUAAAUUUGAUGAAAUAAGCAAAUCAUCAAGUAAAGAAUCAGAAUUGAGUGACGAGAAAAAAAUCCAGAAAAUAUCCCGUGCUGCUCUUGCACAUGAGAGCAAUAAAGGUCAGAGGUCAUUGCAACAAAGCUCCUGUGGAUCAGAACAAAAUAAAAAUGCAAGAACAAGCUAUUCAUCGAAAGAUAUAGAUAGUAAUAUAUCAAAGAACUCAUGCAUUACAGGUAGUGACUGGAGCUCAGAUGAGGAUGAAGGAGGUAAUAAAAGACCAAAAUCCAGGCGUGCAUCUACCGUUUCAAGUCAGACAUCUGAAGAAAGCACAAGAUACAGCAGAAUUGGGAGUGAAAUGUAUUUGACAGCAUCUGACGACAGUAGUUCUCUAUUUGAAGAGGAGAGUUUUGCAGUUCAGAGAUCCGAGCACAAAAUGCUGUAUUCCUGGCAGCAAGGAUCUCAGCGGAAAAGUCAGUCCAAUCCACUUGGAAAGAGCAAUUCUGAGGCCUUCGACAGAAAAGGCCAAGAUAGCUCUUCAGAUGAACUGAAUAAAAAGUUUCAGUCUCAGAGAUUAGAUUAUUCAUCCUCAUCCAGUGAAGCAAAUACCCCAAGUCCAAUUUUAACCCCUGCUCUAAUACCUAAGCAUCCAGUCCUGACACCUUCAACAGAUUCUCAGUGUGUGACACAAUCAAAUUCUCCAUCAAAUUUGCCCCCUCCAAAGUUACGGACUCCCAACGUUUUCAGUGUAAGUGCAGCACUGGCAAAAAAGCACUUAAGCCAACCCCAGCUGAGUUCCGACAGAGUGUCUGAUAGAAAUAGAAAUGCUAUAAGCAUGGUACGGCCCUUGAGACCUCAGGAAACAGACAUCGACCUGGUGGAUGGGGAAAAUACUGACAUUUUAGAGAAAAUGGAGAUUGAUUAUGAUGGAGCAUUUACCUAUGACUCUUUUGAGGCACAGAGUGAAGAAGACCAGGAGUCCCGUGAUAUAACAAGGAAGGCAAUUAGCAACAAACCCCCUACUCCUCCUCUGCAUCGAUUCCCCUCCUGGGAAAGCAGAAUUUAUGCUGUAGCCAAGUCAGGUUUACGAAUCUCUGAAGCUUUCAACAUGGACUCUUCUAACAAAAGUACUGCUUCUAUAGCUUCGUAUACCAUAUCUGGACUAUACACUUCUUUGAUAUACAAGAACAUGACCACUCCAGUCUACACAACUCUGAAAGGGAAAGCAACUCAAAUAAGCAACAGCCCAUUCUUAGAUGACUCUUCGGGAUCAGAGGAAGAAGACAGCUCCCGAUCCAGCUCGCGGACCUCAGAAUCAGACUCUCGAAGUAGAAGUGGCCCAGGUAGCCCCAGGGCCAUGAAACGAGGUGUGUCUUUGUCUUCUAUGACCUCAGAAAGUGACUAUGCUAUUCCCCCUGAUGCCUACUCAACAGAUACAGACUAUUCAGAGCCAGAGCAGAAACUCCCUAAAACCUGUUCCUCAUCUAGUGAUAAUGGAAAAAAUGAGCCAUUGGAAAAAUCUGGAUAUUUGUUAAAAAUGGGUGGCAAAGUAAAAACCUGGAAACGACGAUGGUUUGUGCUCAAAGGCGGUGAGUUAUUGUACUACAAGUCUCCGAGUGAUGUAAUUCGAAAGCCACAAGGUCAAAUUGAGUUAAGCGUAUCCAGCCACAUUGUAAGAGGUGAUGGAAAACAAACAGUUCAGUUGAUCACAGAAAAACGAACAUACUACCUGACUGCAGAUUCGCCAAACAUCUUAGAAGAGUGGAUCAAAGUACUGCAGAAUGUUCUUAAAGUUCAGGCUGCUAGUCCACUUUUCAUACAGCCUGAUGUGAAGCCAGCCAUGAAAGGAUUGCUGACCAAGGUGAAACAUGGAUACUCCAAAAGAGUGUGGUGUACUCUGGUUGGAAAAACUCUUUACUAUUUCCGUAGUCAAGAAGAUAAGUUUCCUCUGGGUCAAAUCAAGCUUUGGGAGGCUAAAGUUGAAGAAGUUGACAGGUCAUGUGAUUCAGAUGAAGAUUAUGAGGCCAGUGGUCGCAGUCUAUUAUCAACACAUUAUACCAUUCUUAUCCAUCCUAAAGAGCAAGGACCUACCUAUCUUCUUAUAGGAUCGAAACAUGAGAAGGACACUUGGCUUUAUCAUUUGACUGUGGCUGCUGGGAGCACCAAUGUAAAUGUUGGAUCAGAAUUUGAACAGCUUGUUUGCAAACUGUUAAAUGUGGAAGGGGAGCACACCUCUCAAAUUUGGAGACACCCUACUCUUUGUCACAGCAAAGAAGGAAUUGCUUCCCCUCUUACAACACUGCCAUCAGAGGCCCUACAAACUGAAGCAAUUAAAUUAUUUAAGACCUGCCAGUUGUUUAUAAAUGCUGCAGUUGACUCUCCUGCCAUUGAUUACCAUGUAUCUUUGGCACAGAGUGCUUUGCAGAUCUGCCUCACACAUCCCGAGCUUCAAAAUGAGAUCUGCUGCCAGCUCAUUAAGCAGACAAGACGACGACAUCCACAGAACCAGGCAGGACCAAUACAGGGUUUGCAGCUGUUAGCUCUCUCUGUUGGACUAUUCCUUCCUCAGCACCCAUUCCUUUGGCUCCUCAAAGUUCACUUAAAGAAGAAUGCCGAUUCCAGAACUGAAUUUGGGAAAUAUGCAAUUUACUGUCAGCGAUGUGUUGAGAGAACCCAGCAGAAUGGGGACCGAGAAGCAAGGCCAUCAAGGAUGGAAAUCCUUUCAACCCUUCUAAGAAAUCCCUACCACCACUCGCUGCCCUUCAGUAUUCCAGUGCAUUUCAUGAAUGGUAUAUACCAGGUUGUUGGGUUUGAUGCGUCCACCACGGUGGAAGAAUUUCUGAACACCCUUAACCAGGACACAGGAAUGAGAAAACCAGUCCAGUCAGGAUUUGCAUUAUUUACUGAUGAUCCUUCUGGCAAGGAUAUAGAGCACUGUCUUCAAGGAAACAUCAAGAUCUGUGACAUUAUUUCUAAAUGGGAGCAGGCCUCCAAAGAACAGCAUCCUGGGAAAUGUGAAGGCACAAGAACUGUGCGCCUUACGUAUAAAAACAGGCUUUAUUUCUCAGCUCAAGUCCGUGGGGAAACAGACCGGGAAAAGCUGCUGUUAAUGUAUCAAACAAAUGAUCAGAUAGUAAAUGGACUUUUUCCUGUCAACAAAGAACUGGCACUGGAAAUGGCGGCUCUUUUAGCUCAGGUAGAGAUUGGGGACUUCGAAAGACCUUUCUCAACUCCAGCAGGGCAAGUUACUUCUCCCUCCAAGUCCAAUCAGACAUUGAAACAAGUUGUGGAAAAAUUUUACCCAAAGAGGUAUAGGCAUGGCUGUUCAGAAGAACAGUUAAGACAGCUUCGUCAGCGAUUAUCAACGAGAUGGAUGGCUCUCCGGGGGCACAGUGCUGCAGAUUGUGUGCGCAUUUAUCUUACAGUAGCCAGAAAGUGGUCAUUCUUUGGUGCUAAAAUGUUUACGGCAAAACCUCUAACAUCCACACUUGAGAGUUCCUUCGUAUGGCUUGUUGUACAUGAAGAUGGCAUAAGCAUUCUAGAAUACAGCUUUCUGCGAUUAAUAGUUACAUAUGUACACAAAAGUCUGAUGACCUUUGGAGGCUAUCAAGAUGACUUUAUGCUGGUAGUUAACAAUGCUCAGUCAAAAGACAAGCCAAAUGAAAAACUCCUUUUUGCCAUGGCAAAACCAAAGAUUCUUGAGAUCACUCUACUGAUUGCCAGCUAUAUUAACCACUUCCCUCAGCAAAAGGGGGCUGCUCAUCAUCUCUCUGCUCCAGCACUACUCUCACCUCAAACAGGACAGAAAACCAAGGAAUCGGGGAGUCAACCGCUUCUUUCAAACAGCAGACCAACCAAAGGUCCUACUUUGUUAUGAAAGGAACAGAUACCUGUGAAAAUGUAUGCUUAUGGUAUGCUUCCUAUAUUGACUGAACAUCUUUGGAUGUGCCAGAUAUACAUCAUAUGCUAGUUUGUAACACAAGCCAAGAAAGGUGGACUGGUUUCCAUUCAUUUUAGUUAGAGUUCGCUGUUAAAACUCUGCAAACAAAUUGCAGGUGGGGCGAUUACCCUAUCAGAUGAAGCUCACCCCAUUUCUGAACACAGGGGUUCAAAAAUACUUCUGAAGAGGGUUCUUUUGUGGGUGGGGAGUUGGUCUUUGAAAUGAUUUCAGUAAGUGUCAGGGAUUUUAAAGACAUUUCCCCAGGGAGGACAAUGUCUUCACCUCUCCACCCUUAUUUUUCAAAUUAUGCAAGUUGCAUAACCUUGGUUAUGCGAAAGCAUACAUGUACUUUCCACUCCCUCAUGCCUUCUUGUCUGCAAUACAAGCACCCCAGGACACAGUCUAAAAGGAGACAUUUUUGUGAAAGCCCUUUUUUAAAAGUAUUGGCAGCACAUCAUUGAUCAUACAUCUUAUAAUUUAUUAUAAAUGUCUUCUCUUAUACAACAGUUUACUUGUGUGAUCCCCAGCAAUGGGCUGAUAGUUUAUACACAAUUCUUCUUUUUGAUUUUCUAAAUCUAAAUUGGGCAUAUGCUGUACAAAACAUAGUGGAUAUUUUAAAAAAACAGUGUAUAUAUUCUUUUAAAAAUCAGUUUGGCCUGCUAAUUUUUUCCCUUCUUUAAAUAACAUAGUCGAGAAAUGAGUAAGUUAGAAUUCAAACCACAAACACAAUAUAUAAAGCACUUACAUGAAUAGGUACAUGUAAACUUGGAGACAGACUUCAUAAAAUGUGUGAUGUGUAUACUGUACAUAUCAGUAGUAUAGCAUAGUAUUUUGUAAAUAUAAGCCUAAUACAAGAAAGUGUUCUACUUGUCAUUGUUUUAGUGUUCUUCAUAUUUAAUCCAUGCAUUUCACUCCAUAAUAUUAGUAUGAGAGCCCAUUGCCCAUUAAAAACAUUUAAGAGAUUCAAUUCAAACAAACCAUUGACCUUGUAGAUAUAUUUCUUAAUUUCUGUUGCCACUAGUGCUAGUUAUAAAGGACAUUUAUCACUUAAACAUGAGUUUUAUCCCUCAUGGCUUAUUCUAGAACCUGGAGUAAUGUUAUAAUGCUGUAUUUGUAACCUCUGAAGAUUAAUAAUCUCUGUUUAUGGUAUCACUUUAAAAAAGUAUGGAAUCCAUCUCAUGGUGCUUGCCCCUUACACAAGGCAGAGCUUAUAUUCCUGAAGGACUGAGACCAGAUUAUAAAGGACAUAAUUUCCAUUCUUCUAUUUUUAAAAACUGGAGAAAGAGAUUGAAAGCUGAAUUCAUAGCAUGGGUGCUACAAAGCACUUAAUAAGACACCUAAUUCUUCUGAACAUCUUCUAAAUCCUGCUAAAUCCACUGGUCUCCAUGACUUCAACACCAUUAACAAAAUACUGUAGAAGGUUAAAGCUCUGACCUGGAAACUAUUAACUGAGAAUAACUAGCUGAGUCAUUACACAGGCAAAGCCCGCACUGACAUUAAGUAAAAAGUGCAGGAUCGGCCCCCUGCAACCCAGUUCUACAAGGAAACACAUGCUUAAUUCUGUGUAUGUGAAUAGUCUCAUUGAGGUCAAUAAGCCACACAUAACCAUAAGAAAAGGAGUACUUGUGGCACCUUAGAGACUAACCAAUUUAUUUGAGCAUGAGCUUUCGUGAGCCACAGCUCACUUCAUCAGAUGUGUACCGUGGAAACUGCAGCAGACUUUAUAUACACACAGAGAAUAUGAAACAAUACCUCCUCCCACCCCACUGUCCUGCUGGUAAUAGCUUAUCUAAAGUGAUCAGCAGGUGGGCCAUUUCCAGCACAAAUCCAGGUUUUCUCACCCUCCACCCCCCCACACAAAUUCACUCUCCUGCUGGUGCUAGCCCAUCCAAAGUGACAACUCUUUACAUAAUCAAGUCGGGCUAUUUCCUGCAUAGAUCCAGGUUUUCUCACUUCCCCCCCACCCCCAAACACACACAAACUCACUCUCCUGCUGGUAAUAGCUCAUCUAAACUGACCACUCUCCAAGUUUAAAUCCAAGUUAAACCAGAAUAUCUGGGGGGGGGUAGGAAAAAACAAGAGGAAACAGGCUACCUUGCAUAAUGACUUAGCCACUCCCAGUCUCUAUUUAAGCCUAAAUUAAUAGUAUCCAAUUUGCAAAUGAAUUCCAAUUCAGCAGUUUCUCGCUGGAGUCUGGAUUUGAAGUUUUUUUGUUUUAAGAUAGCGACCUUCAUGUCUGUGAUUGCGUGACCAGAGAGAUUGAAGUGUUCUCCGACUGGUUUAUGAAUGUUAGAAUUCUUGACAUCUGAUUUGUGUCCAUUUAUUCUUUUACGUAGAGACUGUCCAGUUUGACCAAUGUACAUGGCAGAGGGGCAUUGCUGGCACAUGAUGGCAUAUAUCACAUUGGUGGAUGUGCAGGUGAACGAGCCUCUGAUAGUGUGGCUGAUGUUAUUAGGCCCUGUGAUGGUGUCCCCUGAAUAGAUAUGUGGGCACAAUUGGCAACGGGCAAACUGCUGAAUUGGAAUUCAUUUGCAAAUUGGAUACUAUUAAUUU